UAAAUAUUAGUUUUCACGUUCAAACUAUCACUUAUUGGUCAGAACAGGAUGGACUUUAUCGCUGGAAAAGUAGUACUUAUUACUGGAGGAGCAGGGUCUAUCGGCCUUGCCAUCGUUAAAAACCUUCUCAACCAUGGCGCAAAAGGAGUAGCAAUAGUAGACAUUUCUGAGGAAGCAGGACGCAAAGCUGUCACCGAAGUUGUGAACAUUUUUGACCAGAAAAGAAUUACUUUCAUAAAAACAGACAUUACAAAUAAAACAGAACUGGAAGGAGCCUUCGAAACGACUAUAAAAAAAUACAAACAUUUGGAUAUUGUGAUUAACAAUGCUGGAAUAUUGGACGAAAUUGAAUGGAAAAACACAAUAGCAGUGAAUUUGGUAGCUGUUAUCGAAGGCACUUAUCUCGCUAUGCAGAAGUACCUUCCGAAAUACAAAUCCGGAGAAGAAGGUCUUAUAAUCAACACAGCUUCAAUUUGUGGUCUUCAUUCUUUCCAAAUAAAUCCUGUUUACUGCGCAACAAAACAUGGCUUGAUUGGGUUAGGGAAAGCUCUUGGUGGUGACGAAUUUUACAAAAAAUAUAAAGUACGCGUUCUUACGAUUUGUCCAGGUUUAAUGAACACCCCUAUUUCUGGACGAGCAGAUGGCUUUUUGUUUCCAGAAGUGUUGGAGAAGGAAGUUAGUGCCGUCUGUUUAGUAGCACAGGCUCCAGAACGUGUGAGCGAGGGAUUAAUUGAAGCCAUCCAAAAGGGUAAAAAUGGCUCUUUGUGGGUUAUUGAAAAUAACGAACCUGUGUAUGAAGUUGUGGUACCUCAGCACAAAACCAUGAAAGUUUAACUAAGCAACCAACAAUACACCCAAUAUAGAAAUACUCUUUUUUUUGUAAUUUUUUCUCAAUUUACGCAGUAGACGACGCAUAAAUUAUUGUAAUUUGUACUUCAUUACCAUUUGUAUGAAUCCAUAGUUUGAAAGGGUCUUAAGGUCGCACCGGUAGAAUUUUUAUCAAUAAAACAAUAGAAGCGAA